AUGUCUAAUGGUGCUAACAACACUGAUGGGGAUCAGAUUGCGGCUAAUGGUACUGGUCAACUUGCUUCGCUCGCUGCACCAACUCUGCCUAGCAACAUAACUUAUCUCGUUGAAACAAAACCUGAGCUGCCUGUUGAUGCUGAUGCAAACCCAGAUCCACAUGUUUAUAUGACCUUGGAGAACUGGGUUGGACAUCGCGGAGCCGAUUGUCGCAGCAAGGCCAAGGAGAAAAACCAAGCCAACUUGACAGAGUCUGACAUGGUGGCUGUUGUUACAGAAGCUAACAUGGUUGAAGAGAAUCCGAUGCUAUGGUGGUAUGACACUGGUGCUACCACACACAUCUGCAUUGACAGACAGAUGUUCAGCACUUACCAGAAAAGCAAGGGAGAUGAUCGUCUGCUGAUGGGAAAUGUGUCCCACUCCAAGAUUGAAGGCACUGGAAAGGUGGUCCUGAAGAUGACAUCUGGAAGAGAGCUCACACUCAACAAUGUGAAGCAUGUUCCAGACAUGAGGAAGAAUCUGAUUUCUGGCACUCUGAUGAGCAAGCAUGGAUUCGCCAUCAACUUUGAGUCUGACCAGCUGAUUCUCAGGAACAUGGUGUUUUUAUAG